AUGUGUUAUUUGUCCGACCAAGGUCUUAUUCAUCGGGACCUACGAACUGAGAAUGUUCUUGUUGACAAAACUUUUACCUGCAAAAUUGCAGACUUUGGUCUUGCCAAGAAAACCGACAAUUUUCAAGCCUCCGAAGUCAAGUGGACGGCACUGGAAGCUGCUACUAAGGGAAAGUUUUCGACUAAGUCAGAUAUCUGGUCAUUCGGUGUCCUGCUUUGGGAGCUUGUCACCUUUGGAGAUGUCCCAUACAAAGGUGCCCAUUUUUUCAAAAAUCAAGGGAUGAACGGAUCUGAAGUUUUAAAACAGCUUAAGACUGGAUUUCGAAUGAAAAUCCCUCCAGACGUUCCGCAUAAUGUACCAAAUGAGUGGUAUGAACAAAUGCUAAUGUGCUGGGACGAAGAACCUAUGAAAAGACCUAACUUUCACUCCCUCGUUGAUGUCUUUGAGGCAUUUUGUGUCGGGGGGAAAGACUAUAUUGAUUAA